UGUUCAGGUGUAUCGCAUAUCACAUUCCAUGCCUUUAUUUAUACAUUUACAUAGAGAUAGAAUUACAAAAGGAAUGUCUUAAAAGACAUUAAUCAUUGACAUAACGGGAAAGAUCAUGGAUGAAGUUGUGGAGGUGUUAGAGGUUAUGGCAUUAAAGAUUUGAGAAAAUGGAGGUGGAAUAUAAUGGUGAAAAGUAGUGGAGGGGAACUAUAUGGACAUCCACAUUAAUAUAUUUUGUAACAUCUCUUAAUUUUUUAAAUUGAACAAGUAAAAAUGAACACGUACUUUUAGUAUAGAGAUUAAGUUAAAAAGUGGGGAUUUUUUUUUUUUUAAAAUAACUUAAAAAGUGAACAAAGAGUUUUUUAAUAGAUAAGUUAAAAAAGUACAUUUACUAAGCCUAACUUAUCUGGCCGGAAAGUCUCACCGGCAUGUCGAGAAAUCCACCGGAAGGAUACGCUGUCACUGACGAUUUUCUCGACCAAAUUCUCACGAUUCCCUCUUACGCUAGUAGCCUUACAGUAACUGAUGUUGGCCCAGUGAAGCUUCAUCGGAAACGGCGUCGUCGAAUUCAUUAUAUGGUGUUUCUCAGCUCACUUGAUUUCAAAAGUACCUCCUUGACACUUGCAUUAGAAAGAGAAGCAAUGAACAUGGGAAAUUUAUAUCCAGGCCUAGAACAUUUGCAAUCUCAUGCAGUUCGCCACACUGUUCCUCAAGUUCACCAAGUCCAGCCUUUUCAAGGCCAGCCAACAUCAAGCACAGCAGUAACUAUACCACACCAACCUGCUAUUCGUCCUAGGGUUCGGGCACGAAGAGGACAGGCCACUGAUCCACAUAGUAUUGCUGAGCGGUUAAGAAGAGAAAGGAUAUCAGAACGAAUAAAGGCUUUGCAGGAACUUGUCCCCAGCUGCAAUAAGACCGACAGGGCAGCAAUGCUUGAUGAGAUUCUGGACUAUGUGAAGUUCUUAAGGCUUCAAGUUAAGGUACUGAGCAUGAGUAGGCUGGGAGGAGCUAGCGCAGUGGCACAACUUGUUGCUAACAUUCCAUUGCAGUCUGCUGAGGGGGACAGUGGUGAAAGUCGAUCCAACCAGCAUGUCUGGGAAAAGUGGUCCGAUGCUGAAACAAAGCAAGAAGUAGCAAAGCUCAUGGAAGAAGAUGUUGGAGCAGCCAUGCAAUACCUUCAAUCCAAAUCACUCUGCAUCAUGCCCGUUUCACUUGCUGCACUUAUCUAUCCCACUCAGCAAACCGACGACCAAUCAAUGGUCAAGCCGGAACCAGCAGCCCCAUCCUAGACUUCUAACUUAUCGCACGUGCCAUCGAGAACUCCUAAUGGCUUUGUGGAGCACCCUCCUUUAUAUCCUUACCUAUAAUCUCUUGUAUUACCUUCCGAAAUCCGUGGCAAUGCAAUCAAAGUCAGAUGCCACAACUUUUCCUUUUAGCUCAACCAUUGGCCCCUUCCGCAACUUUCUUGAGUUUUGUUAACCAAGGUAACACUUAAGAAAGCAACCAGUCCAUUUGUAUCAUUUUAGGGUGGAGUGUAAUUUUUUCAAAUUUUCUGUUAUUAGCUGCUAGUUCCCCCUUUUUUGUUGUGGGUUGGUUGGGACUCAUUAGUUGUUUUUUCAUAGAGGAUGGGUUGGGGGUGGGGGGGGGGGGGGGGUAAUUGUAAAAGUGAUCAACUAGUGCUUGUAAAGUUUAGUGUAAUUUAAAUAUAUUAUCCCAUUGGAUAAUUGAAGUGUCCUGCCCAAAAAAGUUCUUGUUAAAUAAGUAUUACUGUGUGAUUUAUGCUUCUUUUGUGCUUUUUAUCUUUGGUGCCUUUGAUUACCUUAAAAUACUCAAAUUGGUUUUGUCUGUUUACCUAACUUUCAAAUACCAUUUUUCAACAUCAAGAUUAAACAAGUAGUAUGAUCUAUUGUAUGUGGACUCACUUUAUAAAUCUGCAAAUUAUUUUCACGGCUUGAAAAUAGGCUUUAUCUGUUGACUGCUGAAUGUUUGGACCAAGAAAAAGUUAGGUAGUUCUUGUGAUCAUUUUAAAGUAAUAAUCUACCAAUAAUUACUUGUUGCCAACUCAUAUAUUUUAAAAUUACAGCACAACAUAAUGUUAGUUGGGUAGCAUGCCACAUGGGUGUGUUUGUAAGUUUCUCUAACUUUAAUUAUGACAAGCCAUAUAUCUUUCACUAGGCAUAUCUAAUCUACCUAAAUCAUUGAAGAGAUUAUGCAGUAAUUUAAAAAGAGUCUUACUUAUAUACAUAGUUUUAAAAAAAUCAUCACAGCCUGUGGAUUGUAGUCACAUUACACAAACCAUUUUUUUUGUGUGUCAUGCUUCAUAAUAAAAAAUAGUUCAAUUUAGUUCGACAAUUCAAUUAUUCCUUAUCUACUAAAUGUACUGAUAAGUGAGUAAUUUUUUUUCUUCCUUACAAACAAGAUGGAAAUGCUAUCGAGAUUGUUGUGUAUACCGAUCGUUUCUUCCUUAAAUGGGUCAUACGCGGUAGGUAUUUGAGUUAUAGUCAAAUCAGUCACUAAAUAUCAGAUGAUUAAAAAAAAUUGUUGAAGAAGCUACGAGAAAUUGGAGAACAAAAAUAUUUUUCAUACCCA